GAAUGCCGCACCUUCCCUGCCUCUGAGCCCUGCCUCCUCCUGCAGAUCCCACUCAAUAGAACUCGGUUGUUUGGCCUUUUCCUCCGGAGGGAAAGCAGCAGACGAUGAGGAGAAAAUAAUGAAUGUCAAAGGAAAAAUAAUUCUGUCAAUGCUGGUUGUCUCGACAGUGAUUGUUGUGUUUUGGGAAUACAUCAACAGCCCAGAAGGCUCAUUCUUGUGGAUAUAUCAGUCAAAAAACCCAGACGUUGGUGACAGCAGCACUCCGAAGGGCUGGUGGUUCCCGAGCUGGUUUAACAAUGGGUCCCAUAGUUAUCAAGAAGAAGAAGAAGACAUAGACAAAGAAAAGAGGAGAGAAAAGGACAACGAAAGGAGGAUGAUGAAGAAGAGCUUCAGCUCUGGGAAUGGUUUAAUCCAAAGAAACGUCCAGAGGUUGUGACGGUGACUGGAUGGAAGGCGCCAGUUGUGUGGGAAGGCACUUACAACAGAGCCAUCC